CACGCCUGUAAAGAACUGCAGACCUCGUCACACCAGUUCGCCGUGCAGAACUUCCAGGAGGUGAUGAACACGGAGGAGUUCCUCCUCCUGCCCUACAACGACGUGGAGGAGCUCGUGUCCUCCGGGCAGCUGAACGUGUCGAGCGAGGAGAAGGUGUUCCACGCCGUGCUCAACUGGGUCAAGCACGACCUGGCGGGCCGCGAGCAGCACGUCGCCAAGCUGCUCAAGCACGUGCGCCUGCCGCUGCUCGAGCGCGACUUCCUCAUGUCGCACGUCGAGUGCGAGCCGCUGGUGCGCACGUCCGAGCCGUGCAAGGAGCUGCUGCUCGAGGCCAUGAAGUACCACCUGCUGCCGGACCAGCGCGCCGCGCUCACCACGGAGCGCACGGCGGCGCGCCAGCCGGAGGGGCUGGAGCCCUUCCUGUUCGCCGUCGGCGGGUCGCUGUUCGCCAUCCACAGCGAGUGCGAGGUGUUCUCGGCGCGCGCGGACCGCUGGCAGGCCAUCGCCCCCAUGCUGUUCCGCCGGUCCCGGGCCGGAGUCGUCGGACUCAACAGGCAGCUGUACGUCGUCGGCGGGUACGACGGCACGUCCGACUUGUCCACGGCCGAGUGCUACUCGCCGCACCUCAACUCGUGGAGCACCAUCACCCCCAUGGGCACCAAGAGGAGCUGCCUCGGCAUAUGCGCGCUGGACGGGCUGCUGUACGUGUGCGGCGGGUACGACGGCGCGUCGUGCCUCAACUCCAUGGAGCGCUUCGACCCGCUCACGGGCGUGUGGACGUCGUGCCCCGCCAUGCUGCUGCGUCGCCGCUACUGUCGCCUCGCCGUGCUGGACAACUGCAUCUACGCCCUGGGCGGCUUCGACUCGUCCAACUACCAGGCCACGGUGGAGCGGCUGGACCCGCGCGCCGGCCGCUGGGACCCCGUGCCGUCCAUGUCGAGCCGGCGCUCCUCGUGCGGCGUGGCCGCCCUGGACGGCAUGCUCUACUGCGUGGGCGGCAACGACGGCACCAUGUGCAUGAGCUCCGGCGAGCGCUUCAACGCGCGGCGCCAGGCCUGGGAGCCCAUCGCCGCCAUGCACUCGCGCAGGUCGACGCACGAGCUGGUGACCAUGGGCGGCGCCCUGUACUCGCUGGGCGGCAACGACGGCAGCUCCUCGCUCAACUCGGUCGAGCGCUACGACGUCGCCACCAACAAGUGGGCGCUCGUGACGGCCAUGCUGACGCGCCGCAGCUCGGUGGGCGCCGCCGUGCUGGACUGCCUGGGCGUCCCCUCGGCCAGCUAGUCCUUGCUCGUCACUGCCCUGUGAUGCGACCGCCGCGCACCGCCGUGCAUAGGCGAACCCGCGUAGGCACCGGACUGGACACUCUGCCGUCGCACCCUCACACCC